AGAAAGAAAAUGUAUCGAAACUGUUCAGUAGUGGAUAUUUAUUUGGAGAAAUCUUGUUCAAGUAUGGACUGCAAGAUGAUUUCUCAUCUUUCUCAAAGGGAAGGUAAGUGUCUAACUAGAAUGUAAAAUUAGCUGGAAUUUAUGUUCGCCACAUGUGCUAAUUAAAAACUAGCCAGAAUUGAUGUUUGCAACCUGUGGUACAUGUCUCUUAAUUGUGCAAAUAUUUCGUUAACAUUUGCGCUAAAACCACAAGUGCUAAGUUUUAUAAUUUGAAAAAUGUAACAGUUUCAAUUAUGCCACUUACAUUUUAUUUUCAGUACUGAAAACAAGUUGACCACGAGAAUACGUCUGAGUAUGUCAAUAUUGAACACUAGGUUUCUUUGGGUUUAUACUCCGGCAUGGUUUCCUUCAUCUGUGUCACUGCAUGAGUUGAUUUAGACAGCUACCCAGUCAAAAUACAGUUAUUCGUACUUGAGUUUUUAAAAAAUAAUAAAACAAAAUCCUCGAUUUUAAUUUUAACUGAAUAUCUUUUAUUAUUUUAAUAUAUGUACUUUAUCGAUGUACUUUAAUUAAUGUGAUUUAAAUGAACAUGACAUUAAAUUAUUUGACAUGAAUUGCUUGUUUUCUGAAUGAAGUGAAUUAACAUGGAUUGCUUGUUGGUCUUUAAAAUCAAGUUAAAUGAACUCGAAUCUGAUCUCAAUGGCAAACAUGUCCUUGUUGAGAACGAAUAUAAAAUAUUUAAAUUCAAGUUAAGUGGAGUCUGUGCAUGGGGGAACCAACACAUGACUAUUCCCGCCAAUGGAAAGAAAUAUUAAAAAUCAUAUUGAAAGAUGGAAUGAUUGUCGAAUCUGAUAGUGAUAGAGUGAAAAAGGAACUAAUGCUUCUAUUUUGCAAAACUGACUUUUCUUAUUAUAAAUAUGAUAAUAUUAAAUAAUUAACGAUAUUCAAAUAAAUCAAGAUCUUUUAAAUUAGAGAUAAUUUGAAAUUCAGUUCUUAAAAUCAAUGAUAACAUAAAAUUAACGCAAAAUUAAAUUUAUGCGAAAUGUUCAAAUUUGCAUUAAUAAAGUGCAUGGUUAAUUUUCUGUACAAAAAAGGCACUCCUUAUGGAAAAUGGUGGAAAUAUCAUCUCAUUAAUUUCACCUAGAGUUGGACUGAUUCAGCAAUAUUGCACAUGCGUACGGCUACAUAUGUUGAAUUAUUCAUGAUUGCUAUCAUUUUAGAACUGCUGAUUCAAAACUCAAUAAUUUUACGAGAAUAGAAUCUGUAGUGAAGUUGCUUGAAAUUCCUUAUGACACAAAUGUAGUAAGUAUUUUUAACAAUAAACAUUAACCAAAUAGCAUCAUUUGAAUUAUGCGACCCCCCAUAAGUUACUUCUCCAAAGAACUGCCUCAUUCUUUAAAAACUCCUACUUAUUUUUGCCCACGGAUGAUCUAGUUCAUGAAUUAAAAGUGUCUUUAGUAAAUAAAAUAGGGUUUAUCAAAGAACGAGGCAGUUCUUUAGAGAGCUAGUUUAUGGGGGUCAUAUACUUCAAUUGUUCCAAGACUGAUUUCUGAAUCAAGGAGAAUCCCGGCCAUGUGUCUCAUAUCAAUAACAUUUUGUUGUUAGUUCUAUUAUAUGACGUCAUAUAUCAGUUGUCUGUGUACAUUAAUAAUGUUAUGAAUGUCUAGAGUAUACGCUGCCAAAGCGAUUAAAUUAACAAGUAAAAUAAAAUAGAAAACGACGCCUCGGCGAGUGCCGUCACUGACGUUCUUGCCACGAUAUGACAUCAUCUGUGUGCUAUUUUAAAACUGAAGUGAGAACGGCAAAAUGUUAUCAAUUUGUUUUAUAUAAUAAAAAGUUAGAAAAUAGCUAAACUGAGCUUAUACCGAACAGAGUUUGGGGCUUUGAAGCGCGACGGAAAGAUGCCAUUCGACAUUUUAUCCAGUAAAGGAGCGCUUUUCCACUUUGAAAAAACUGGGAGGGGGGGGGGGGGCAGUUCCGCGGCCUAUGCUGACGUGAUUAAUAAAACUAGUCAGUUCACAUACCAUUUGACGUGAUCUAAACAAAACAGCGCACGUUAUUUGUUCAUGAUGCUUCUGAAAGAGAUUGGUGUGUGUCAGCCAAGGUAGUGAAAAUAACACGAGAAAGCUGCCGGCUGAGAGGAAUUCAACUUCCUGAAAAAAUACAAGUGAAACGUCGACGUUUCAAGCGAAGGCCAUUUCGUCGUAAAGUUAGCAGCCACUAACCACCGAUGUACUAACUAACGCUACUAACUUCCCGACGCUCGAAAUGUCGAAGUUUUGCUUGUCAUUUUCAGAUGGUUGAAACCCGUUCAAUCACAGCUUUCUGGUUAAAUAUGUGACGUCAUUAAAAUGGCAUCAUCUAUGCGCCUCUCCUCUAAGAGACGAAUGAACUGGAGGCAGUUUGAACUCAGAUUCUAAGAUCGUCAGUUUAGUCAUCAAUGGUGAUUUCCGGGCGGGAAAUAUAUUCUUGGUAUAUCGUGUACAACUGGGUCUUAUAUGCGCGCAAUUUUGAGUGCUAGUGCAGAUAAUAAUUACGUGUGGUAUAAUUUAUUUGUGUUUAGGCCAAGUCAAUAAUGAAUGAAAACCAUGGAGCGGCCACUAAGUUAUUGUACCAGUUGUUUAUUGCGUUGGGACGGAAGGCUAAGAAGAAUCUAACUGGCGUUGCUAUGGAAACCAUGAGACCAAGUGCUCCAGUGAAGUUAGAGACUAUUGAAAGUGCGAUACAUAAAGAGGUAGUGACAUAUUUAAUCAUUUCAAACUCAAGAUGCAUGCAGUACUGUUGUACUGUACAUAAAGAGGUAGUCUUAUAAUUGAAUCAUUUCAAACUCAAGAUAAAUACACUGCUGUAUUCUUCCCUCUAGUGCGUUGACACAACACAUUGUAUCUCUUUGCCAGACUUACUGUAGUACCAUUACAUCCCACACCAUUCAUCUCUAUAUCCUCUGUCUCGUGACUGUUAUCUCGUCGUCCUGUUAUUUGAUUUCUUUAUGCUGUCUUGACUGAAUCUUCCUCCUGUCGACGUCUUCUAAAACCAUGAGCGAACCAUCACAUUCUCGCUUCUGUUGUUUUCUCCAAUAUCACUGCAGCACUCAUCGUUUCUUUAUCUUUAUGUUACUUAUGUUGAAAGGAUUCCGAGUGGAAUUUUUAUACACUCAUCAGACCUAACCAGGAGCAGUUGCCAAAAAUGCAACGUCCACUUCGAAAUUUCAUCUACAAAUCCCUUCAACACUUAGUUGUAUCGAGUGAGAUGCGCAAAGACAUGUUAUUUAUGCUAUCCGUUAAUCCUCUAAUAGGCCCCGAUGUCUUAUUUAUUUAUUAAUGUUGGUGUGAUCUCUACAUGAGUUUACUGACUUAAUAAAUUCAGAUUCAGAUUUCUGGCAUCUUUGGGGAGAGGGGGCUUAUAUUGGAGAGGUGGCUUACGAGCCGCAGUGAAAUGUAGCAUUUCUGAUUUCUUAAGGCUGCUCUCCAGUCACGCGUUUUUCAUACGUGCGUAUACGCACGGAAAAGUUUAAAUCCUUUUAAAUUUAACACUAGUAUGAAUUACCUGUACGAAUGCACAUUAAAUCAUUCACAAAACUAUAGCUUUCCUUUUAUUCAUUCAGUUAUUUCAUAAGUAACAUUUAAAAAGAUUUAAACAUUUCCGUAUACGCAGGCAUGAAAAACGCGCAACUGGAGAGCAGCCUUUACUGCUUUACAGCCUUUCAGUACCAAAGUGGGGUGUGGGGCACGACCAAAAAGGGCAUCUAUCUGUUGCAUAUUCAGCAGAGUUUUUUGUGGUCGAAAAUAUCCUGAUAAUACAAUCACGACGAUGUAAGGAACCACCAUUGUAGGGGCCACGCGAAAAAUAUGGAUUUCAAAGGUCACAGCAAUACCAUUACCACACUGUUUAUCCAGGAAAGAGGAGCUUUUCCAUUUUGAAAAAGGGGGAGGGUAGGGGACGGAAAGGGGGCACCAGCCCUCAGUGUCCCCAGUUCUGCAGCCUGUGCUGAUGUGAUUAACAAAUUAGUUCACAUGUAUUGAGGAGGAAGCUAGGUGGAGAGGGUAAAAUUUCUUCCAAGAAAGGGGCGAGCUAUUGGAGAGGGGUGUCCGUUGUUUCUACGCCUAGAGUACUCUAAGUGCAGAGUAAUAUUUAUCAGCGCAUGUACAUUUCAUUUUUCUAGAGAUUGAAGCAGCUGGUUCCAAGACAGGUUGAUGUGAAUUUUGAAACUUUGGUUGAGAGAUAUCAAAGCAAGCAGAAACUUCAAGAAGAAAUGGCUGUGAAAGCAAAGUAUGUUUUCCUACUUUGUUAGGAAGGUCUAGACAGGAGUUGUAUUUUACACUCCUGUUUAGGUCUAGUCAAUGUAUGGAAUUUCCAUUCGCAAUCUCCAUCUACAAAUUUAACCCUUCUACAAAUAGUUCUAUUCUAUCGAGUAAGAUGCUGAAAACCCUGAUAUUUGUGUUCGUGUUCUAUUUGUUUUGUCUAAUAUUUUUCAUUCGUCCUAAACACUGCAAACAGCAGGGUGCGAUAAUUUGUGUACUUACGUACCGGAGCGUACUUCCUUGUUUUCCUCCAAGUGCCACGUAAGUACGCGGAACUCUUGCUAUCUGCGCACUUAUUUUGCUAGUACCACACAUGAUUUUUGCAAGCCCAUGCAAGGUAUUGAAUACCGUAAUUUAGUUGGUAUAUCAUGUGUCUGAGAUGUCUUGGCAUGAAACAUGAUUGGAUUGAUAGCACUAAGAAACGUUGGAGUUUAUUGUUUGUAUAUGCAAUUGUGCUUCUUUUUUUACCUCGUCGUCUGAACAUACUUUUCAGAAACCUGUACUUUAUGAACGUUAUUUUAAUGACUAUUAUAAAUACACAUUGAGUACUGAGUUUAUAGUAGCUCGACUUGUAGUGUACGACUAAAAAUCGUGAAUUAUCGCAACCUGUUGUUUUUCGCCUUUUUUUGUCCUAACCACGAGAAAGAAAAGCAAAAACGUCGACGUUUCAAGCAACUGCGCUCAGUUAGGUCUUUAAUAAUGCAAAACAUUUUCGCUCGAAAUUCCAUGAUAAAUUCUUAACAAUGUGUUAUCGGUAUGUCAAACGAGAUUACCUUUAUUUACUUUUGCCUACACCGCUUGUAGUCUGGGAGCUGUACUUCUCCGAGGGGCCCUGCAUUCACUUUCCACCUGGGAUAACAUUCACUUUCUCUGUUCUUUAGACAAGAAGAAGAAAUGAAAGUCAGGAAAUAUCAACAAGAUCUCAGGCAAAGAGGAUUGGAAAAGGUAACUGCUAUAAUGUCGUUUAUGAAGAACAGGAUUCAAGAUGAUCUCUAAUUCUGUAUUGUAAUCAUGGUCUGGAAGAUCCCAAGAACAAUUUCUCCUCCUUUCGUGGUCCUCCAUACUUCACAAAUUUAUUGGGAUGUUUUCCUUAUUCAAAACUGGAGGUUCAUUUCUUUAUAGUCUCGACUGACACGUGAUAAGCAAAAUGAAGUUAUGCAAAAGAUCAGGUGAGUCACACUUGCAGUUGAUGAGCUUCUCUAUAGUAUCAUUUUCUAAUAUUCUCAUUUUUUCAACCAAUUUAGAGAUGCUCAAGUUCGAAUUCCCAAACCUCCUGAAUCUAAGGUGAUGAUAAGAUAAUGGAUGUUUUUAUGUAGCAGUAUUUCACAUAUAUCAUAAGUUCCUUGUUUAUGCAGAUUGCGAGGGAAAUGAAAAUCAGAACAACAUGUUGCUUGACAAAAUAUUUAGUCUUGUUUUGCUCGAUUUGCUUAGCAGAUUAAAUAACUACGGUGUAUAGUAAGGUUGUAGUAAUUUUCGGUGGUUAACUAUUGUUAAUAUAACAUACUGAAAAGGACAAAGACACAGGUAUUUUAGUGCAUAAUACACCUAUAGCAUAUACUCUUUAGAAACGCUCCAAAUGAAGACUAUAUUUCUUUCUCCUUCUUGUCAACAGAAAUCAACCAAAACAAAGCAAGAAAUUCGAAAGGAGGUCGAAAUUCAGGUAAGUCUAGAAUAUGUCUCCAAUAUGUCAAGGAUAUAAAAGUCUCCAAAGUUGGUAAUUAGCCAUUCCGAAGUUGAUGAGAGUACUGGGUACGAGUGUUAAAAAGUGCCCAAAUUAAGAAAUGAACCAAAUCACUAAAAAGACCACCUCAAAAUUAGUAAGUAUGCAAAGUUUGAAGACGUUUACAUAAAUACCCUUCGAAUAAUAAGCUUUCAAAAAUUGUGAAAUUACUGAUUAAAAGAUUGUUUUUGGGACGUAUUUCGCACGUGAAGGGCAUCGUACAUUUGGAUAUUCUUUCGUGGAACUUUGGCGAACCAAGUUUAUGUUGUUGCUACGGAGGAUCUCUGAUACCAUAAAAUCUCUCUGCUGCGGGGUAAAUUGUGGCAUCGCCAUUUCAAAGUGUAUGGGAUAUUAUACGAGAAAAUGCGAUUCAGCACAAACAACUCGGGAGCACAAAUUCCAUGGAAAUUCCAUGGAACUCUCAUGGGAGUAAAAAUGAAUUCAUAAUGAAGCAAGAACAGCACCAACGGAGAAAAAUGUAACGUUUUCAUAGGCUUUUCGGAGGAUUUAUACUCGGUAAAAUCGUGCCGAAAUUUUAUCAUAAAUGCAACGAAUAGCGAACUUUUCACACAUGACCUCAAAUAAAGAAUACCGUUUGUCAUUUCCGUGCGCAAGCCACUUUUAGGGGAGCAAGAGUUGACCACCCCCCUGGAUAGCAAAAUUUACUAUUUUCAAAAUUUUUUAUAUUUUCCAUAAUUUAAGAAUUCAAGCAAUCCAUACAUAUCAAAAAUUACAUUUCAUGAACAGAAUUGUGGAAUUGAGAACAAUUUCAAAAUUGUCUUACUUUUUUUUAUACACCCUGUACAUUUCAUAGUAAAUAUCGCGAUUUUGAAAGCUUAUUAUUCGAAGGAUAUUCAUGUAAACGUCUUCAAACUUUGUAUACUUACUAAUUUUGAGGUGGUCUUUUUAGUGAUUUGGUUCAUUUCUUAAUUUGGGCACUUUUUAACACUCGUCCCCAGUCCACUCAUCAACUUCGGAAUGGCUAAUUGAUAAGGAUGUGUAAUUUAUUCCUGUAGGAAGUGAAAGAUCACAUCAGCUCAUUCGAAGAAAGUAUGAGGACAAAUCUUCCUCCGCAAAGCUCUGUACACCUUGAUAGGUAACUAAAGAUGUUUUGUUGGACAAACUUAUUUUUGUUAUAAUUAUUGUUAUUUGAGUUUUUUGCUAAUUUACAAAAUUCAUUUUAAUAAUUAUAAGGUUGUCGAUAUCCAUUUAAUAUACAUACUUUCCACUGUGCACGCAUGACCGUGACUGUAUUAAUUACUGACAGUGGCGUAUUGCGAUAAGCAGAGGACAUUCUCUCGAUUCUGUAAUAUUUUGCUCGCAUUUCAUUUCGGCAAGGAUUUAUUCAUUACAAGAAUUUGAGUGUGGGCAAUUAUUGACGUGUUACACUAGUAUUUUGUUGUAUUGAUUUUCUUUUUUAGUGAAUUCGAAGCAAAACAAGAUGUUGAUCUUGAGAGCAGAGUUCUGCGAAAGCCUCUUCAACCUAUAGCAUUGGUACGUUCUUCUUCAUUCAACAUUUUUUGUACUUGCUGAACGGCAGGAACUAUUCUAAGCAAUGAUCGCUAAUCAUGUCAAUGUACUCAUGCCUUAAAAUGCACUCCAUUGUACAACAACUAUGAGGAUUGGUAAAGAUCAAGUGACUUUUCCAGGCCAUAUAGAAGCUGCGUACAGACAAACAUCAUGUGGCGAUCAAAUAGAGUCCAGGAAGGAAAACAUUUAUGUCAACCGAGAGUCAAAUCCAAGAAUGUUCUUUAGUCGUUUGAAAUUAAACCAGAGACGUUGGCAUCGAUUCCCGUUUGGAACAUUUAGAAAAUAAUAUAUGGUUUGACUUCAUUUAAAACCCACAAGGAUUAUUUCUACACUUCUGAGUGGAACAAGCAAUAUCUUAGUAAUUAUUUCUUCACUGAAUUUUAUUUCGGUACAAUCAUCGGGAGGGCGGCAUGUUCAAUUCCUGCCAGAGAGCCUGCAGAAAAUACUUAGUACAUUUUCCAGCUGCUUUUUGUUGGGUCCAAAAUUGCAUAUUAAUCUUCCGCUCGAACUUUUCAUCUACGAAAUUCCUUCAACUGUCAGUUCUAUCGAGCGAGAUGCCAAAAUCUCGAUAUUAUACAAUACAAUACAAUACAAUGUAAUGCAAUGCAAUACAACGCAAAAAGUGCUGUAUACCUUCCCACAUCUUAAGACGUAUUUAUGAUGAUAUUUAGAAAACGGCUGGAGAUGAUUAUGUGUCAAAGGUAAAGAAAAGAUUGAACGAAGAUGCUGUCGCACGCAAGGUAUUAUUUCGUACUCCUACAUAAAUUUAUUUGAAAGGAUGUGAACAUUUUGAUUGUUGUGUUUGGUUUUGAUUUGAAGGAGCGGGAAAAACGAAGAAGGAGAGUUUUGAUUGAACAAUUGAAAGCCCACGAAGCUCAAGAGGUAUUUGGUUGAAGCCAGUGCACAUUUCCUAUAUGCAUAUGUUGCGUGCAGUGCGACUUGUUUAGGAUUGAUAGAGAACUCUCCCUGAAAAAUACAAGGAGAACUUGGACGUUACGAGCGAAGGAACAUCGAAGUUCUCCUUGUAUUUUCCAGGUAGUUGCAUAUCAAUCCUAAGCUUUCUUAUUAUUUGGACCACCUACUAGUUUUUGUACUUGACGUAUGUCAUUGUACAAAUAACACUGUCGUCAUCAGCAGUUGCUGUUGAGUUGUCGUAUUAAGGUACGUUUACACGCUGCGAUUUGUCGGGCCGAUUUUGCUCGCUGUAUGUAAAUAACCUGUCGUCAGUACUCGCAUCAGCACCUUGCGAUUCACAAAAUCGGGAGAAAAAUCUGUAGCACUAACACAGAUUUUUCUCACGAUUCAACGAUUUUUCUUCCGUUGUAAAGUUGUUGAAAACUUUUCGCACGCAGAAAACUAUAAUAUGAACAGACGAGAGAGCGGACAGCUUCAAUUGAACGUUUAAAUCGCUAAAUGUCGAAGAAGGGGCAUCGAUUAUUUACCAAAAUCGGCCCGACAAAUCGCAGCGUGUAAAGCGUACAAAAGUGAAAAUGCUGUGCUGAGUGGUUAUAUUACUACCUUAAAAAAUAAGCAGAAACUCGACGUUUCGCCGAGCGAAGGCCCUUCGUCAAGACGAAGGGCUUUCGCUCGAAACGUCGAGUUUCUGCUUAUUUUUUAAGGUAGUAAUAUAACCACUCAGCACAGCAUUUUCAUUUCUAGGUUAACCAAAAAACUUUAAUCAGAGCAAUCAUUAACUAACACCAUCCAGUAAAAAGUGCAUUUACUAAACUGAUUCAUUUUGCAGGAGCAACGACGUGAAGAAAUGUUGGUAAAAAGACUCAUGAGACAGUCUCAACAGGAAAAACGAAUUGCAGUUCAACUUAUGCAGGUUAGAAAAUAUUCACAACCGCCAAAAAUUAGGUUUUAUGAAUCUUUUUCUAACUUGCUGUUGUUAUUUCUACAUUACAGAUACGACACGAGAAACAGGUGAUCAAGGAAAACAGGUUUGUUCCAUUCCUUUUCUGUGAGCAAACACACCUCGUUAAUUAAGGUGAUUUAUUCGAUUAAACAGUGGCCGGAUAAAAAGGACUACUAAAAACACUUCUCAGGGCAAACCUGAAACACUGAAAUGCAUCUUAACGCGUUUCAUUUGCGUUCUGACCCACAAGCACUGUUAAUUUCAAGGAAUUAUUUUGAACCCGUUAUACUCCACAAUUGUCGGUAAAAAUAGGCUCAAAAUUACUCCAACCGGAGUUUAACAGUGUAUGAUGCGUUCUAUUUACUUUCUAAUCCAACUCUACCGGACGAAACUUUACAAACAGCAGAUGAAACGGUAUGUUUGUGUUCGAAUAUGAUUAGGCCUGCAUAUACCAGGAUCGUGAUGGAGUGAACGUCUCAGUUGUUAUAUGUAUUUCUGACCUUUAGAAUAUUCCGAGAAAAGCAGUACACAGAAAGACGUUUAAAAGAUUUUGAAGAUGCCUUGAAUCGAGAAGCGGUUAGUUGAAAACAUUAUUUCACUUAUUUCAAUUUAUUAGGAGUAAUUGACGUUAUAUGGUACGUUAUCCAUGCAUUUAUUUUAUUUGCUAUUUUAAUUACACAUAAUUAUAAGCUUAUAGUACCUACAUGCAGUAUAGGAAAUAUUAUUGUUUUUCUAUUACCGUGUUUUAAUGCACGUAGUCUUUAGUUUCUUCUUAGCUCGUUGCCAUAUAUUCUUUAGAAACCUCAAAUGGUAUUUGCAAUAAUAUUUAAUUAAAAAGACAAUUUAUAAACUAUCUUAGCUGAAAUUAAUUUAAUGCAUAUACUUUUAUGCUACGACAGAGAUUAUUUGAAGAAAAAACAAUGAAUUAAUAAUUAAAUAAUCCGUAGGAAAUGUGUCGUCUGGCGCAAAUUGAAUAUCGAGAUCAGAUCCAGAAAGCUGAAGAUGAAAGAAGAGAAUUAUUGGAGGAAAGAAGGAAGGCAAAAUAUGAAAAACAUUAUGAUAUUUGUCAACAGGUGAUCAUCAAUAUUCUAGACAUUUCAAGUAGCUUUGAAAGGGUUUCAUUAUAAGGCUAGUAGGCUACGUUUACAUUGUACCCGACAGCUUUUCGUAGGGACAUGAAAAACGUUUACCUUCUAUACCUUGUAUAGGAACACUAUUUUCGGAAGAUUUAUAGCAACGGAGAGAUGUUGUUUCGCUCAGCUUCUAAAUGUUGUACAUUCCAUACCAGCCGUAUCGGAUAUAGCUGCUUUUUCACAGUCACGCUUCUACGCGGAUAGCUAUCUGGUAUAGUGUAGACGUCCUGAGUGUAUGACAGUGCAGCACAUGCUGUAUGGUCAAGUCGAAAAUGAAAGACAAUUAUCAGAGAGACCAAACUGUUCACUAUUGACACUAUGUUAAAUUACUGUUCGCUAUCUCGAAGCUGUAUGUGCUAACCUUGAACACAUGUGCGUAUCUUACAUAAAGUAUUGGUUUUAUAGAUCUUGUCUGAUAUUGUCGACUUCAGUUGUAAAAUUGGUGAAUAUCGAGAGCUGACUGAAGGGUAGGUAUUAAUUGUACUAUUUUUGUGGUUUGUCUGGAAAUGAAUAUUUAUUUUUCCACUGGUUUUUGUCUACUGUAUUAUAACCAUUGAUCAACCUGAUCUAAAACAUUUUAAAACAUUCAGUUCGGGUAAAAGGGCGUGAAAGUACCGUCUAUCAAUUUUUCUCGCUUAGUCAUGCAGGGUGCCCACGGGCCUUGAAAUUCCUGAAAGUCCUUCAGUUUGAAAAGAAUAAACCCAUGCGUGGAUAGUCGUUGAAAAUUAAUGCAGGUCCUUGAGAAAGUCCUGGAAUUUUUUCCGGCUGUGCUGAAAAUACUUGAGUACGUAUCAUUUAUGCUAUGCCAAUUUUGGUGUUUCAAAAAGCAAAAUCCUUGCCAUAUACAAAGAUUUGCCAGUUUUAGGCCUUUGAAUUUACUGAAAACGUCUUUGAAAGUCCUGGAAAAGUCCUUGAAUUUUAUCUUCAGUAAAGGGUGACAACCCAGCUUAGUGAUCUGCCGCAGUUCUUGUGAUGUGUUUUAUAACUUAUAGGGAUGUUCCUGAGAAAUUGUUUCGUGAGUGGAAAGGUUAUUUUGAUGCUGCUCUCCCACUCUAUUCAUAUGAGGUAUAUUUAGAAAAAGCAAUAACAAUUAAGUUUGUUCGAUAUACGUAAGCGACAUAUAAAUAGUUCGAUAUGAAUGCUGUAUAUUGCAAAAACUGAAUUUGUUUGUGUAAAAAUGCUAGUGUCAAAAUAAGUUGUACAUUUUUUCACCUGGGAUACCUAUAUUCAUUGUCAACUUAAUGUAUAUAAUGUCACACUUAGGGUAAAAUUAUUGUAGUUUUUCUGUAUUAUCAAAUCCUAGUGUUUGACCUAGUGAGCAUCUCGUAACAUCCACAGUUACAGUCUGUUUUCUGUUUAAAACAAAUAUCUGGUUUGCCGUAGAUUUUAACCGAGGACGAAAUUGAAAGAUCCAAAGAACUUCUCGUUGAAGAAGAGAGAAACAAACUGACAGAUGAGUCUGACUUCAUUGAAUAUCGAGUACGUUUAUUUUGAAAUUGUUAGUCAGAGUACGUGUAAACUUCAUUGAAUAUCGAGUAAGUUUAGUUUGAAAUUGUUAAUCAGAGUACGUGUAAACUUCAUUGAAUAUCGAGUAAGUUUAGUUUGAAAUUGUUAAUCAGAGUACGUGUAAACUUCAUUGAAUAUCGAUUAAGUUUAGUUUCAAAUUGUUAGUCAGAGUACGUGUAAACUUCAUUGCAUUUUUCUACGGUAUUCACAUGUUUUACAAUCAUAGAGAAUGCAAAGAUAUUUCGCCGAGGCAGCGUAAGAGGCUGGUAAAUAAAUGUUUUGAUCCAGCUCUCAUCCUUACUCCAAAUUUGAAACUUAAAAUACCGUAUUUCUCCAUUGAGCCCCCAGCAGCCCCGCUCCCCUUUCUAAUUAGUCCCUAAUCAAGAAUGCAGGCUGAAUAAUAAGCCCCACCCUUUUACUUUGCCCCACCCGUCUUCCAUUUAAACUAAUCUCAAAAUAAAGCGAUAUUGGAACACUAAAUGUUUUCUACAGAUUGUGUUUAUUUAAUCGAAAGCAAUAAUUUAAAUACCAAAAUAUUAUGCUUUGUUUCGUUCUCAUGAGCCCCUAGUCAAGGACCACGGGGAAAAAUAAGCCGUGAGACUAAAUAUUAUGUUAUGUGUCUAUCAAAGUGAAUUAUAUUAAAUUUACUUUCUCUCUAUGAACAUUGGUGCAUAGCAGUAUGUCCUCUCUCGUUGCAGGGUGCUGUUGGUGAGUGGGCGCCAAGUGAUGAAGCACUGGAUGUUGCUCAAAUUCCUCCCAAAGAUAAUCCUAUCCUGGGUCAUAUUAUACAGAAAUUAUUCAAUAUUAUAUAUCCUCCUGAGGUAUGGAGAAUAUAUAUUUCAUAAGAUAAUCCAAUCCUGGGUCAUAUUAUACAGACAUUAUUUAAUAUUAUAUACAACGUGUAACACCUCGUUAAAUCCUAUAGUCAUUUAAUUGGCUGAAUAUGAUGACGUGAUAUUGAAAAGACAACAACGCGAUUAUUUAUUUCGUCUUCAAUCAUUUCUUGUCUUCAUUCUAGCCACCUCCACCUACACCAGAAUUUCCACCGUUUCCAGUAAAAGCAUGUUUUCUUGGAAAGUUCUUCAGCGGCAAGACUACCGCUGUACAACGUCUUAUUGCAAGU